CGGAUGAUACUACGCUCGCGUGUUAAUAGCAAUUAUCACGUCGUAAUCUCUAGGAACGCGUAAUAAUCUCGUUUCGUUUACGAGAAUAUAUUGUUUCGAUUUUCAAUAUCGACAUAAUUCGAUAAGGAAACCGUAUCGAGCGUGUAAUAUUAUGUUCCAUUACAGUAUUAUUAUGUCGGACGUUCGCAGUUCGCGUAUAAUGCGCGCUUUACGAUAAGAUAUCCGAGAGACAGAAAAAAAAAAAAAACAACCGACGAUCGAUGUUACAUUAUUGUUAUUACGUUAUUACGACGAAUCGACCUUGGUGCCGGCCUACAUCAUACACGUAAUAAAUUAUACUGUUAUAUUCGGUUCGAUACGGAAUUGGGUCAUAACGGCCGCGGCGCUGCCAGUACGAAAAUAUUCCUGCCCGUCGACAGAGAGAAGACUCUGGAAAUAUUAUCACGCGAUAUUAUAUUCCAUCGGGUAUUAUAACACUAUUGUAAUUAUUAUUGUCAUCAUAGUUAUUGUUGUUGUCGCGGUACCGAAUCUAAGAAGAAAAAGAAGCGGCGCGGCGUUUUCCCGUGUUACCUAAUCAUCGGCCGGACCGCCGACGACGCCCCGGUGCCCCGCGAAGCCGUCGAAUAUUAACGCGACGCAGCCGGGCGGCAAAGUUCGUAUGAGAAUAGAAAAACUGGAGAGGAAAAAAAAAAAAAACCUAAAAUAGUAUUGUAUUAUAUAUAGAGAGAAAAAAGCCGUUGGCAAACGGCAAUAACGAUAAUAAUUAUUGUUAUUUAGGUUUUGCGUUUCGGUCGACGUCGUCCCCACCGCGCCGAGACCGAGUGUAUCGCUCGCUCGAGGUCAACGCCGAGCACGCAACUCGUAGAAAAAAAAGAUUAAACUAUUGCGACGACCAGUGAGACCCAAACUCGAAAUCGCCCGUCACCGAGACGGCCUACGGGACCGGGAAAUAGAAACCGCGAAAACCGUUCGCGUUUGAUUGUCGCGCAGUCUGUCCCGAGUUUUCCGGACGUGCGAAAAAAGCCGUUCGCGGGCGGUAAUAACGUUUAGGCCCGUACCACCCGCAUUAUUUGAAAUACACGGUGCGUCGGCUGCAAAAACGGAACUAAUUAUCGCGUUUAUCGAAAAUGUACGUAGUACAUAAUAUUCGUAACAAUGUUAAACGAUGAUUAUUACUAAUAAUAUCGUUAAUUGUGUUUCGUGAAUAGAAUAUUGUUCAGCCACUGCCGCGACACUCGGACCGCCACCGCCACCGCCACCGCCACCGCCGCAGCCGCCGCCGCCGCCGCGCCGUGUACGAACGUGAGUCGCGGGGCGAACGGCAAGAGCCAAGGCGUCCGGGAGUCGAGACACCGCCACCACCGCCGUCGCCGCCACAGCUGUGUUGUGCGCCACCGACGAGGUGGUGGAGAGGGGGCGCACAGUCCGGCGGCGGUAGUGAUCAGCUGAUAACCGCACUGUUAACACCGCCCGGGCCCUUGUGACUUUCGUUCAGCUGCUGGAUAAAUGGCCGUAUUCCUGUUAAACGAAUGUAAAUUCAACAACUGCGGCCUGUGUUUCAAAAAUUUAUACGAUCUCAUCCAGCACAUUGAAGACAAUCACAUAGGUAAAGCACGAAAAAACAAAGCCAAAACAAUACGCUUUAGGGCGGACGACCGCGUGCCGUUUAGUCUGUCGGGCUGUCGUCACCGUUACAUGCGGCCGAACGCGUUUUGCCCCGAUACACCUAUAAUUUAUAUAUAUAUAUAUACUGCACACGUCGUAAAUAUAAUAAAUAUAUAUUUCUUUUUCUCAUGACCUUUCGGUAAACUAUUUAUACUGACGGACCGACCGCCGUUCCCGUAGAGUUGUCACACUUGCGACCUAGUUGCAAUUCGAUUUAAAUUUAGAUCCUCCCUAAGGUUAGGCACUCCCGGUGGCGUGUACCCGUUUCCUCUGAUUUCUGUUCUCGACACUAGAUUUUUGUACUCGUUCAAAUGUACCUUGCAAACAUUUUGCUGCCUUUCUAAAAGCAGUGUAACGUUUUGGACAUUUGCUUCACCCACCGAAUUAUAGUCUAGUAUUCCAUUUGUACAUUUCUGAAUUAAUUAUGUUUUGUCUAUUUAUACCUUAUUUGUUUAUAAAAAACAAAUAAAUCACCGAAUUUAGAUUUUUAGUAUAGUUUCCUAAUAAGAUUUAUGCUUACUGAUAACAAUAUUAUAAACUAAUAGUCCAGCCAACUAUAAAUGACCACUGACCAUACCAGCGCUAAGUUGUCCAGGCUUCAUCUAUUUCAUAUUGUUUAUUAGUAUGAGAAAUCUUUCAUGUACAAGACAAUAUAAAUUAAUAAAAUCAAAUUUCAGUAAUGAUUUUAUUGGUUGAAUUAAUUUAAACUGUUAUAGUUACUGUUAACAAUAUUCAUCUUAUAGUACUUCUAAUUUAAUGAGGGUGUAGAUUUAGGACAUAAUAUAGUGAUACAUAUUUUUUAUGCUUUCAUUCAUAAUAAUUUGUAUUGGCAAAAAACAUACAAAUUAAUUACAAUCUGCGAUUAUGCUAAGUUGUACAUACUUUUACAAAACAAUUUUGAUAGUAAGAGUUUAUUUAUAUUUAUUUAUUAAAUGGAAGAUAAUCAAUUUUAGAAAACAACUAAAUAUGUAUUGUUUUAUAAAUACCAAUAAUUAUUCGAGUAUGAGAUUAUAAAUUCAUAGAAAUUUGUUUUAGAAACUUAACAACAAAUUUUAAUUCUUAAAGUUCAUUAGUACAAUAUUUAUGUUGGUUUUUAAUUUUGUGUAAUUUGUGUUAUUAUCUACACUGAUUUGAGAUUUUUGGUUGGACACUAUUAAUGAAAUACAAAUAUAUAAUUGCAGUAGUCAAAUAUUUUGUCUAUCGAAUGUUUUAUAACAAUUGCGUUAUAUUUUUAUUUUUGUAAAUUAUUUAUAAGAACAAAUAGGUAAUGUAUUAAUUUUUUUAAAAAAACUAAUUGAGUAAUCACCAGCUUAAUAAUUAUUCAGAAUAUUUGUUUAAAAUUUUCAAUUAUUACUUCAUUUAUAACAGUCAUAAUCUAAUGUUUUAUUAAUAUUUCGGAUGUUUAGAUUUGUAUAAUAUUCAUUUGGAUUUGACACAUAGAUACUGAUCCGAAACCGAUUGAGCUGAUCGAUCGCACUGAACAACAAUGCUUGCCGCUCAGUUGUGUUAUGAGGUUUUUCGGCGAAAAUGUCGACAAAACAGUUAUCGAACCAGCCGAACCUGUCAUACAGCCGAAAACCAGUAUUUUACCAUCAACUCCAAACAUAUUCCAUCGACCAUUACGAACUGGUAUUAUACUAAAUAUUAAUCGUUUUAUUGUUUAAUUGUAUUUAUGUAUGUUUCUUUCAGGUUAUGAAUCUGAUAAGGGAGAGGUUGAAAAUCUUGAUCAUAUCGGUGACAGCAGUGAUUCUUGGUCUACUACGUCGGAUGCAAUUGAUGAUGCUCACAAAAACAGUCCUAAGUGCGAUAUAAUACUAUAUUAUUUAUAAUUGUAUUGAUAUGUUGUGCAUAUGAAAUAUAUACAUUCAAAAUAUACAUUGUGUUUAUUAGUUUGCAACAAAAAACUAAAAGUGAACAGCCAAUAAGACCAUUUGCGUGCCCUGUUCCUGGUUGUACCAAAAGGUAUAAAAACGUUAAUGGGAUAAAGUACCACGUGAAAAAUGGGCAUACCAAUGGAAAGUGAGUAAUAUUGAUAUUAGUUGACAAUUACUGUUACCAAUUGGCGUAACAUUGAGUCCAUACUCCCUACCCCCUCUACAAUGUCUUUUUUAAAUAUAUGUAUCAAUAUUUUUGUGUUUAUGUUAUUUUUGUAGCGAGGAAUGAAUUGUUUUAUUUGUUGGUACCAUGAUUUUAUUUUUUAUUUUUUUUCAAUAAGUUUCCUGUUAGAAAUCUUACUGCAAUUGAAUAUUGUCAAGAAAGAUUUUUUUAAAUUGGUGAAUCGAUUGAGAAUGCCAUUUUUUGAUUUCUCUUGUAGAUAUUUUCAUUAUGAUUUCUGUUAUUUUCGAUUUUUAUUUUUUAUUGUAAUUUAAUUAGAAAUAACAGUAAAGACCUAAAAUAUUCACUGAAUACUUAUUACUUGUUAGUUAUUAUUAUCUCUUUCUAGGUGUAAUGAAAUUUCGAAAAAAUUCUAGCGAUAUCAGAUUUAUUUAUAGUUAUUUCAAAUUUUCUAGUUUUUUUUUUUUUAAUUAUUAUUUAGCUAAACAAUGUGUUAACCAUACAUAUUUUUAGUUUUUCAAAAAGGCUCGAAAAAAAUUUAACAUCAGAUAUUCUUAUGACAAAUAAAAUAUCAAACAUUAUUACACACUAUUAAUUUUUUAGUAAAGGUUAGUCUUAAAGAUCACCACAUUUAAAUUAUAUUUUCCGAUAUUUAUGAACAAAUCUUUUUUUUUUUGACUCUUUGAAAAUGAUCAAAUAUUUAAAAUUUAUUUUGUAAUUGGUUACAAAUUAAUACAAUUUCCAGUGUAUUGAGAAUAUAAAAACUCAAAACAUUCUUCAAAAUUAUUCUUCUUACAAUAAUGAUUUAUUAUAAUUGCAUACAGAUAUAAAUUAGGUUACCCUAUAUAUCUUUCUUUCUAACUUUCCAUCUACAACAGUAGCCUACAAUAUUUUCUGUACAGGAUAAUAACCAUGUUCGCAAAAUCCACAGUGUUCUUACAUUUCUGCCUCUCUUCCCAGUGAGAAAUUCUGACUACACCACUGCUUACCUUCCAUGUUUCGCAUAAUAAAACACACACUUAAUAAAUCAUUGCAGAAUUCACAAGAAGUACAAAUGUCACUGUGGUAAGAGUUAUGUGUCUAUUCAAGGACUCAAGUCGCAUGCAAACAGUAUGCAUGCUGGCACCAAGAUGACAUGGCUAACAAUGCACAACGGCGAAACUAUACAAGUGCCUGCCACGCCACUUUCACCCGAUACAGUGCCUAUCCGUGCUGUUACAUUAAAACACGUGCCUCGUACUACGGCAGAUGCAAAUUUGCCACCUAAAACGUUAGUCAUCACUAAACCUCCUCCGUCCAACACAGAACCUCCCAUUGUCGAAACGUAGAAUCAAUGAGAGGUUAAAAAAAAAUUGUAUUCCUAUAUAGUUGAAAAUUACCAGGAGUUCCAAAAGUCAGUCGUCAUAUAUUAAAUGUUUUUGUCGCUUGAUUUUUAUUAAUUUUAUUUUUAUUUGUUUCAUUUGUAAUUUUCAAUUGAAAUUUUAAUUAUUUUAGAUCACUAUACUUACACAAAUUGUUUUCAGUUGUGUAAUGUGUAUAUUUUUUUAAAACAAAUUUUUUAGUACAGUUUUGUUUAGCUGAAUGUUUAUAGAACUAGAGCCUAUUGAAAGCUCUUAGAUUCAUGCAUUCAUUAUAUUAUGUUUUGUGUCAAACUGUGUAUAGUGUAUGUUACCUUAAAGACUUGAUUUCUGUUAAAAGAAUUAAAGAUUGUUAACAAUAAAGUUAUAAACAUAUAUAUAUAUAUAUAUAUAUUUAAAAUUUAAAAAAAUAAUUAUUGUUUGUUAUUUAGUAUCCCUACACAUAUUUCAUAUCUGAAAUUAGGAUAAUAUGUGAUGAGUAAAAUAUUAUUUCUUUAAUAAUCAUUAGUUGUUACUGAAAGAAAUGUGUAGUCAUUGACUCAGUGCCAUUGUAAAAUAUUUCAAAAGGUUGUUGGUUUUGUUAAUUAUUAGCAAUGAUUUACGUGCUCUUUAUUCAAAAUAAGGCUUUGCUCUUGUUAAAUACCUAAUGCUUAACAUACAACUAUUCACUAAUACCAAGUUUUGGGACUUUAUCUGAAAAUCAUUGGAAUACUUUACUUGAUAGUAUAGGUGUAUAUUUCGAAUAAAAAAAAGUAAAUUAAAUUUAUACUAAUGUAUGUGUAAUAUUAAUUCAUAUCUGUUGUAAAAAAAUAGUGUAAUGGAAUGCUACAUAAUUAAAUUAUUUUUAUUAAAAUGUAACAACAUUUAAAAUUUUAUCCAAAAUAAGUAAAAUACCUAAGCAAUAAUUUUGUAUGAAUAAUAAGUAUUAAUCUAUACAUUUAAAAGAGUUAGUUUAUUAAUUUUUGUCUUAAAUAACACUAACAAAGAUAAACGAACUUCAAUGUAUAGAGGCAUAUAACAUACUUUAAAACAAAAUUAGUGCCAAAAUAAAAUAUCAAGUCGAAAGAAUAUGUUAAUUUCCCAAACUACCUUAUGUUAUAUGUAAUUUGUUAAAAUCAGUUUUAUUCUUCUAUUAAUCUAUUUAAAUUUACAUAUUAAACUUUCAACUGAAAUUUUAUUUUCAAUAAUUUAUUAAUUUUUAAUCCACUGAACUAAUUCCAUCUAUAGAUAGGUCUGUAAAAACAUAAUAAUUUGUGAAUUUAUGAAUGGGCUGUGAUAAUUUUAAAAACUAUUUAAUAUAUUUCAAUAAAUUAACUUUUCAAUUACUAGGUAUAAUCUUUAUUAAUUUAUGAUAAAUAAUGGUUUUGCACUUAAAUUUUUGGAAAGUUGCAAUUUAAUUUACAUUGUUUUUGUCUUGAGCAUUUUUAAAACAAAUAAUAAUAAUAGUAAUACAAUUUUGUUGUUAACAAAUUGUUUAUAACUUUAAAGAAUGUAAUUUAUUAUUCACCAAUUAUUCAAGUAUUUAUUGGUUUACAAUUUAUCACUCUUAUAUUAUUUAUUAUAUUCAUUAAAGUUAAACAAGUCUGUUUAUUGUUUGUUACUCAAAUUUGUCAGGCAUGAUUUAGGAAUUCUAACCCUUAUAUUUAUUUAAAACUGAAGCAAUAAAAAUUAUUUUAAUAUUAUGUAGAAAUUAUAGACAUUAAUUAAUUUAAAUAAAAGCUUUGAUUUAAAUUUAUAUUUGCUUUCAGAUUUGUGUAUAUCAGCUACCCAAACUGUAGUUUUAAAUACAUUAAUUACAUCAAAGAUUCAAAAUGAGUUCACCUAAAUAAAAAUAUUAAUUGGAACAGGUAAGACAUUUUUUAUUACAGAAAGUAAAUCUUUAAGACCCUUUUCACAUUAUACAGUUGUGACCAUACAGCAAUUUUAAUUUAGUGGCGCUAAGAAGAGCUGUGAAUGUGGAAGAGUAUAUUCUUUGACAUUAUACAGUAACAUCAAAAUGUGAUUGCUGUGCUGUGUAGCAACGAUCUAUUAUCAUUAUAGUGUGUAAUUAUCAAGCUAUUUGACGUGAUAAGCAUAGUAGCGUACAUGAAUAAAUGCAUGUUUCCACAUUAUACGGUUUCAAAUUUUUGCUGUACGGUUAAAACCGUAUAAUUUUAAAAGAGCUGUAAGUAGGACAACAUUUUGAAUUAAGUCAAAUACCUGCCUUCUAAGUAGAUAAGCAAAAGUUUUUUUUUAUUUCACAGUAGAAGAAACCUAUUAAAUUUUAAUACUUUAAUGAGAUAAAAUAUAAUUGAUUGCCUUACAAUUUUUGUUGAAAGUUACUUGAGCCAUUAUAAUACUCAAAUAUACAAUUAGAAUUCUUAUAGUAGUAAAUCAAUAACAUUGAAAUUAAAAAAAAAAAUCCAAUUAUUGGUAGAAAUGUAAAAUAAUAAAUAAAACUAGCUAAUUUGGCUAAUUCAAUUGCGAGA